CCGGCUCGCCCCCUCCCCGGGCGCACGGAGCAUGCCUCGCAGUCCGGCCAGCAGCAACCAUGAGCCGCCCGAGCAGCCGCCGCCGCAGCCGCAGCCGCGCUGGGAGCCCGAGAAAGCCGAGCGGCGGCGGCCUCGCGAGGAGGAGGAAGAGGAGCAGGAGGAGGAGGAGGAGGAGGAGGAGGAGGGCGACGAGGCGGCGACGGAGGAGGAGGAGGAAGAGGAGGAGGCGGAGGCAGCGGACGGCGCCGAGCAGCCCCCGUUGGCGGCUCCCUGCCUGCUGAACGGGCAGCCCGGGGGGGAGAGCCGCGAGGGCAGCCCCAAGGACGAGGCCCCCCUGUAUGAGACCAUCAAGCCCCCCGCCGCCGCCGGCAGCGCCCCGCCAGCCUCCCCGCCCGGGCGGAUGGACCAGCCGGCGCCCCACGCCCUGGUCGUGCGCAUCGGCAUCCCCGACCUGCAGCAGACGAAGUGUUUGCGGCUGAAUCCCGAUGUCCCCAUCUGGGUCUCCAAGCAACAGAUCCUCUGCACCUUGAACCACAGCCUGAAGGAUGUGUUGAACUAUGGCCUCUUCCAGCCGGCCUUCAAUGGCAGGGCUGGCAAGUUCCUGGACGAGGAGCGGCUGCUGAGGGAAUACCCCCUGAACCCGGACACGCCGGUCCCUUACCUGGAGUUCCGGUACAAGAGGCGAGUGUAUACGCAGAGCCUGCUGGAUGACAAGCAGUUUGCCAAGUUACACACCAAGGUAAGCAAAUACCUGCGUGAAGUCCCUUUGAUGUGUUUUGGUAGAGUGUACAAGCUUCCUCUCCUGUGCAGUGGCAAUGAAACGGGGACAGAGCAAACAGGGUCAGCGGCAGGCUGCGAAUGGGGGCCUCUCUGGAAAGGAAGCAGCAGCCUCCUCCGGAGGGGGACCGCCAGCCAGCGGCAGGGCGCGGCAGGUCUGGAGCAAAGAUUAAGGUACCACCACCACCACCACCACCACCACCACCCCCCCGCUGUUUAUGACCCGUCGAUUGGGAAGGGAGCCACCCUGGGAGUUAAGGGCGGGGGGAGGCUAGUGGACAGAGGAACCUCCUUGCUCUCCUGCGGCGUCUGUUGCAUUCAUGCGUGGGCAGGAGCCCAGCACACGUUUUAUGUGCUCAGCAGCCUCACACCCAAGCCAGAGGAGUUAAAAGCCCUGGGCAGCGAGGAUGGGAAAGACCCCUGCCGGAGCCCCCAGAGAGGUGCUUCCAGCCUGAGCAGGCCACUUGGACUCUGA